AGUGAAGACGUAGAGUUUAUAAAAAGAUAACGGUUGAAAUUUAAAAAUAAUAAAAUGAUAAAUUAAAUCAUCCCGCAAACUGGCUGGAAAUAAAAAAUAACGGCGAGUUUGGAGUUUUUUGUUUUAAUGACGGUUUAGAAGAGACACAAUAAAAUUGUUAUUGUAGCGAUUAGAUAAAAUGGUGUCAAAGAUACGCACAUUAACACGUUUUUGAGUUGCGUUAAUUUUUAUUAGUGGAUUACAAUGUCGGCAAAUAAUUCUCAUAGUGAUAGACUAAACGAAAGUUUGAAUUUAAAAAGAAAUAUUGAUAAUGAUCGCUCCAGUGAUGUCGAAAGAAGUUCAGAAAAAUUAAAUGAAGUUUGUUUCGAAGAUGCAUUCGAGUUGACUGGUCACGGCAAGUUCAAUCACCUGGUACUGCUGACAUGUGGUCUGAUCAUGCUGAACGUGUCUAUGGAGUCUGUCGGUAUGAGCUACGUCAUUACAGCUGCAGAAUGUGAGCUGGAGCUGACGAGUGAGCACAAGGGGCUGGUGAAUGCUGCUGCGUUCAUUGGUAUUAUAAGCACAUCAUUUCUAUGGGGAUACCUUGGUGACAGAUUCGGCAGACGGGCGGUGAUGCUGCCAUCGAUGGUAGCGUCUGCCGCCCUAUCCAUUACCUCAUCGUUCUCAACGAAUGUGUGGAUGCUACUAAUUUUGCGGAUACUUACGGGCUGUUUGGUGUCUGCGUCAAGCGCGACAGUGUAUGCAUAUCUUGGUGAAAUGCACACUGGAUCCCGUAGGGCGGCAGCUAUAGCUUGGGGAUCAGCCUUCAUAUCCUUCUCAUUUAUUAUUCUACCAGGUCUUGCCUGGAUCAUAAUUCCUGGACAAUGGUCCUGGUCGAUCAUUGGCUUCAGGAUAGUGCCGUGGCGAGCCUUCAUGUGGUCAUGGUGUGCCCCUGGUCUCAUAGCCUCGGUGUUCCUGUUCUGGUUGCCAGAAAGUCCGAGAUACCUAUUGUCUGCCAAAGGUCCUGAUGCCGCAUUGCCAGUAUUGGCGAAAAUGUAUGCGUACAACAAAAAUGCUGGAGAGGAUAAUUUUCCCGUAGAGAAAAUUGUUACAAGCAGCAUAGAAUCGAGAUCUGGUGGUUUCGUUGGAGCAGUGAGAAACAUUUCCUUGCUUUUCAGACCACCACUGCUUAAAUGUGUCUUCAUAUCGCAUAUAUCAAUGUUCGCCGUGUUCAUGCUCUCAAGCGGUUUGUACGUGUGGGUACCGGAUAUCCUAAAUAGCAUGCUCAGUAAUACAAGCGAAAAGAGCAUAACUAUUUGUGAAAUUAUACACAAUAAGUUCCAGGCGACUAGAAAUUCUUCAUUGGAAGUAAGCCACGGACUAUGCAAGGCUCACGUAUCGACAAGUGUCUUCUCUAUAUCAAUGGGUAUGGGUGCAGUGUUCGCAGUCACCUACCUGGCUAUAGGACUCUUCAUCACAAGGGUUGGAAGAAAGACAUUCUAUUGUUGCAUAAUGUUCGUGUGCGGACUCGCCACUAUCGGUGCAGCCUUUGUACCGCAAGGUGGCGCUGCAACGGCGCUACUAAUUCUGGCUCUAUGUGCUGGAUGCGCUGCUUCAAUUCUCGCCGCUAUUGCUGUUGACGUGUUUCCAACAUGUUUGAGAGCGAUGGCUAUGUGCGUAAUGUACAUGGUGGGUCGGACGGGAGCGGCUGUGGGUUCGAACAUUCUCGGAGCGACGCUGGACAGGCACUGCCAACUUGCGUUCAGUGUAUUCGGCGUGUUCACUGCUGGUUCAGUGAUACUUAUAAUAUUUUGGCCGAAACCAGAGAAGAUCCGCGAUGAAAUGGAACGCAAAGGAUUGAAUUACUAAGUUUAGACUAAUUAAGACAUUUGUUAAUUGAUUUUUAUUACACUGCAUUCGUUAGAUGCGCAAAGAAUGUAAAUUGUAUCUAGACAACUACUCGAGUACUACUGGUUCGAAUUGAAAAAUUUGUGUGUAUAUUACUUUAGUCAGUUUAUUAGGUUAUUACAAAAAUUCAGAUCACAACCAAAUAAACGUGGGUGAAACUGUGGGGCAUGGCUGUAGUUAAAUAAUUACGAUUCAAUCUUACUUUAUACUUUAUAACAUAUUCCUACCAAUUAUGUAGCUAAUACAAAUCAGUAAGAGACUGAUAAUUAGCCAUAAUGUUGCUAUUUAGUAUGUAUGUAAUUAAAUAUAUUUUCCUACA